AUGGAAAAACACAAGAACGUUUCCUGGAUCCACCAGCAGGAACUGGCAGAUCCAUCCCGCAAAUACCUGAACAGCACCGAGGACUACCUGGCCUUCCUCUACGGGCCUCCACGCAGCCACUUCUUCUUCCCAGUGACUGCAGUGUACGCGCUGAUUUUCGUCGUGGGAGUCGUCGGCAAUUUCCUGGUGUGCCUGGUGAUUCUUCGGCACCAGGCUAUGAAGACGCCCACCAACUACUACCUGUUCAGCUUGGCCGUCUCCGACCUCCUGGUCCUGCUCGUUGGGAUGCCCCUGGAAGUCUACGAGAUGUGGCGCAACUACCCCUUCCUGUUUGGGCUGGUGGGCUGCUACUUCAAGACGGCCCUCUUUGAGACGGUGUGCUUUGCCUCCGUCCUCAGCGUCACCACGGUCAGCGUGGAACGCUACGUGGCCGUCCUCUACCCUUUCCGGGCCAAACUGAGGAGCACCCGGCGGCGGGCUCUCAGGAUCCUUGGCCUCGUCUGGGGCUUCUCUGCCCUCUCCUCUCUGCCCAACACCAGCGUUCAUGGCAUCAAGCUGCACUACUUCCCCAAUGGGUCCUUGGUCCCGGGCUCCGCCACCUGUGCGGUCAUCAAGCCCAUAUGGAUCUACAAUUUCGUCAUCCAGGUUACCUCUUUCCUCUUCUACAUCCUCCCCAUGACUGUCAUCAGUGUCCUCUACUACCUCAUGGGGCUCAAACUAAAGAAGGACCAACUGCUUGGGGCAGAUGAAAUGACUGCAAAUAUUCAAAGACCUGCCAGAAAAUCAGUCACCAAGAUGCUGUUUGUCUUGGUCUUAGUGUUUGCUGUCUGUUGGGCCCCAUUCCACAUUGAUCGGCUCUUCUUCAGCUUUGUGGAGGAGUGGACUGAAUCCCUGGCUGCUGUGUUCAAUCUCAUCCAUGUGGUGUCAGGUGUCUUCUUCUACCUGAGCUCAGCCGUCAACCCCAUUAUCUAUAACCUACUCUCGCGCCGCUUCCGGGCAGCAUUCUGGAAUGUGAUCUCUCCCUGCAAACAGGGGCACUCUCAGCACCACCAACAGGGGCCACCUGCCCAGCGGAACAUCUUCCUGACAGAAUGCCACCUUGUGGAGCUGACUGAAGAUGCAGGUCCUCAGUUCCCUUGUCAGUUAACCGUCAGCAGCUCGCACCCCCCUACAGCCCUCUGUAGUGGACAGGCACCAUGA